GUGGUUAUCAGCAUUUGUUGAGUGUUCCAUUAGUAUAUUGUAUGUCUUUCUGUGUAUCUUCGUUAGUACCCACACUCCUUUUCCCUCUCAGGGAGGAUGGCCAACGUCCAGGUGCCUGUUGUGGCCAUCGGUGCAUUUGGGACAGUCCUGUCCAGAUGACCUGUCCUUACUGUCACCAGACCGUGGUCACUCAGGUUGACUUCUCCUCUGGUGUCCUCACCUACCUCUUCUGUGGAGGAAUCUUCUUCUGUGGGUUUGUUCUGGGUUGCUGCCUCAUCCCUUUCUGUUUAGACCGGCUCAAAGACGCCAAGCACACGUGUCCCUCCUGCAAGAACAUCCUGGGGGUUUAUAAGCGCUUAUAAGCACAUAAUAACCUGCAGGAGUCUCCCGUGUCUUUCGGGAAGCUCGCUACAACAUUGUGUCUUGUCUUCUGAGACACGUUGUUCUUCCACAACAGUCUGCUGUUUCUCUCAGCUUCCACCCAGUAGAACUGCACAGCAGUUUGAAAGACAAAUGAGUUUAACUUGUCAUUUACAGUGUCCCAUCCCRCCCUGUCCCUUGCUAUGCAGUUAACUGUUGCCUUGGCAAUGGAAAAAAUGUAUGACUUAAUUAGUUUGACUCAAUAGAACAAUUUAACUGUCACAGAAUGUUGUCAUUGACAGUGUUCCAUCCUGUCCCUUGUUAUGAAGUUCACCGCUGCCUUGGCAACGGUAAAAUAUUUGUGCCAUAGAAAACAUAGAAUGUGAAUAUUCAUGAUUUUGAUGGUUGUGGAAUGAUCUGUAAGUUAUAUUAGUAUAAUUGUGUCAAUGCAGCACUGUGAGUCUUUCUGAUUGAGUACUGUACUGGUUUGUUAGGAAAAAACUGAGCCCUGAAAAAUACAAUCAUUUCACAACCGCUAAAAUAUUUUGUUAAUUUGUUGAAAAAACUCAUUUUUAUUAUCAGCUGUUAGUUCAUAGGCUGUUUAUUUCUUUAUAAAUAAAAUGUUAAAAAAUUG